AAAAGUUUUCUCUCCUGAGAAGCCAGCACGACUCGAUUCUUUCUCAUCAGCGACAAUCGGUCUUCAUCCAUCACAUUCAUCCUGUUCUUCUUCUUCUGUACCUGUAUCAUCAUCUUUACCGUGUAAUCCUGCUCAUCGAGCUGUUGAAAAAAUGAGACCAACCCUUUUGCGACCCCUCCUACCCCGCCAUACCUUCUCCUGCUCCUCCGUUUCACCCUCGCCCUUUUCUCGACCUUCUGCCUUCAUCCAACCUCUCCGAACUGUGAUUCCUGCAUCUACCAAGCCAUCCGUUCGAUUCUUCUCAGCAUCCAACAUCAUGCCUGGUCCUCAAGUCUUCUUCGACCUCGAGUGGGAGGGUCCCGUCCUCGACGCCUCCGGCCGUGCCACCUCCACCGUUCAGCCCCAGAACGGCCGCAUCACCUUCAACCUCUUCUACGAUGUUGUCCCCAAGACCGCUGAGAACUUCCGCGCUCUCUGCACCGGUGAGAAGGGCUUCGGCUACGAGGGCUCUUCCUUCCACCGCAUCAUCCCGGAGUUCAUGCUCCAGGGUGGUGACUUCACCCGUGGCAACGGCACCGGUGGCAAGUCCAUUUACGGCGAGAAGUUCGCCGACGAGAACUUCUCGUUGAAGCACGACAAGCCCGGUCUGCUCUCCAUGGCCAACGCCGGCCCCAACACCAACGGCUCCCAGUUCUUCGUCACCACCGUCGUCACCUCGUGGCUCAACGGCCGCCACGUCGUCUUCGGCGAGGUUGCUGACCAGAACAGCCUUAACAUCGUCAAGGCUCUUGAGGCUACCGGCUCUUCCAGCGGCACCGUCAAGUACGGCAAGCGCCCCACCAUCGUCAAGUCCGGCCAGCUGUAAAUUGCCUUUUGCUCGGUUCUUUGUACGUUAGGUCCUGCUUCUGAAAUGUCGCGAGAGACAACUUGACGGGAAGGAGGGACAUUUUGGCGGAGACAUGGGAAUCGCGCCAAUGCGCGGCUUGGCUGCCAAUAGCUUCGUUGCUGCUCCAUAGCUAGCCAAGACAAAAUGUUACUGCCGCUGUGUCGUUCAAGUGCAACCGAACGUUCCAUUGUCUUCAGAUUGGGCGAUUGUUCUAAUUUAGGUCUUGC